AUGGCCGAUUUCACACUUCUUCAAGGUCUUCCUCACAUCAACCUCGUCAACAUCACAGCAGCAGCAGCAACACCCCCAACAACAACAACAACAACGAACAACAACACCAACAGCGACACCGAAAACAACAACAUGGUCCGUGGAGGAUCAAACCGCGAUGGCAGCUGCCAUCAUUACGGCCCGACGAAUACAGGGCAAGGCUACGGCUCUGGUAACCCUGGGCCUCCGCAGAGCGACGGGGACUUGAGUUCCUUAUUCGACACUCCCCCACCUACUGCUCCAUCUAAUGAUGGCAGAGGUGGUCGGGGACGAAGAAGAGGAAGAGGCCGAGGGAGAGGAGGAGGAAGCAGCGGAGGUGUUCGAGGCGGUCGAGGUGGUGGAAGUUUUCAUGGGUCUACGCAAACACCCCCGGCCCCCGUGGCUCCCAUUGCCCAAGGGCAACAGAGCACCGGGAACAUGAGCUUGGCACCUUUGAAUGCCGGGGGGUAUCAGUUCGGGGGCCUGACCCUACUGUGGCCCCCUCCAGACAGUACCCAUGGCUAUUCUCCUGCUGUCGAAGCAUCUCAAGGCUCUGGACAUGGUCAACAGGCCCAAAACUUUCGGGGCCAGGACGAAAGACUCCAAGUGGUCGAAGAGCUGGGCGUCAAGACCCAACCCGCGGAGACCCCUGGUCAGGUUGACUUGUCGUUGUCCAACGCCAGCAAACGGGGUGGGGCUCAGGAGAACAUCGUCUCAAAGGUGUCCUUCACGCCAGGCGCUGUUGUCAGUUACUCCAACGCGAGGGACGCGAAGCGGGCGAUCGACGAGAUUGCCGGCCACGACGACGACAAUACGGCGGUCAACCUUACGAUAUGGCUUCAGCCCAAAAAGCGCAGGAUUGAAAAGGACACCAAACUGACAGUCAGCCAGUGGGUGGCCCUGAGUUGCAAUGACAUGGGAAUUGAAGUUCCCGAAGGUGAUGUCCCUGAAGUGGACGCCGAGACGGUCGAUGCGGCCGAUGCAGAGGGAAUUGCAAAGUGCCCAAACUGCAAAGUGGAGGGCCAUGGCAUCGUCGAGUGUAUGAUGCCUCGCAGAGAUGGCUACGUGCAUGGGUGCAUUCACUGCAGCACCGCAGAGCACCAGACGGCCAAGUGCGACAAACACCCUCGGGACACGGCGAAGUUGGUCGACUUGCUUGUCAAGCAGCGGCCAAACAUGCCACCCCUGAAGGCUACUCCCUGGUACCCCGCCCUUCACGAGUACAUGGAGGUGGCGAGCCUGGAGGCCAUCGAGAGCUUUCCUUGGCGCGCCCAAUUCGGUAUUGAGGUCAUCCAGGAUCCUCUCCUUCGCCGACGGGCAGUGGAAUCGAUAGAGAAGGGUCGGGAUUUCAGGCCUGUCGACCCCAAGAUGACUGACUGGGUCACGAUCAGGGAGCGUGAUGGCAAGCCCAAGAGCGCAAUGGAUGGCUUCCCAAAGCUGGGAACGCAGCCCCAAGGUGGCAAGGGCCCAUCUCAAAAGUGGUCGAAGCGACAGCCGCCCUUGUCUCAAAAGUGGCGGAAGGCUAUGAUCAAGCAUGGUCAAGCGGACCCCAACAACCUUCCGUGCGGGGACGGCUUUCAGUUCGUACCAGGGGUUUGA